UCCAGUUGCCCCUAAAGCUGGCCCGUGGUCAGGUUCUUCUAGAGUCUUCAUCUGUUCUUAAAUUUGAAACCACACGCCAAUCUUCGCAAGGAUUGCGAGGGAGAGGGAGGGGUUCGACGUUGAGUGGAAAUAGAAGAGAGAAUCCAUGUCGUACUUGCUACCGCACUUGCACUCAGGAUGGGCCGUGGAUCAGGCGAUUCUUGCCGAAGAAGAACGGGUUGUCAUCAUCCGGUUCGGCCAUGACUGGGACGAAACCUGCAUGCAGGUAAUCCCUCUUGCUUCAUCUUCGAUGGAUAGAUUUCUGUUCUUAAUGGAUGAAGUUCUGGCAUCUGUUGCUGAGAAAAUAAAGAAUUUUGCUGUCAUUUACCUUGUGGACAUCACAGAGGUGGCAGAUUUUAACACAAUGUAUGAAUUGUACGAUCCGUCCACAGUCAUGUUCUUCUUUAGGAACAAGCAUAUUAUGAUUGAUCUUGGAACUGGAAACAACAACAAGAUCAACUGGGCUCUUAAGGAUAAGCAAGAGUUCAUCGACAUUGUUGAAACUGUCUACCGUGGGGCAAGGAAGGGUCGAGGCUUAGUUAUCGCUCCAAAAGAUUACUCCACCAAGUACCGCUACUAAUGUUUGUUAGAAAAUUGUUUUGGAGACAAUUAUGUUUCUGUAGACUGUAGGUCUUGAGUUGAUUGGGAUGUGCUCUUCAAUCUGCAUACUUAGACAAGGUAUUCGACUUCGACAUUUAUUUGAGAGUUGAAAUAGUGUUUGUUGUUGUAUUUCCUUGCAAGGUCAAAUUACUUUUGGAAUCUGCAAUUGAUGAUUAUAACUAUUAAAAUGAUAUUUUAUGUACCUUCAGAAAAAGAUUAGAGAGAAGCAUGUCUAAUGCCUCCAUUGUUGGGGAAUAUAUGCCUUUUGGCUUAUAAAUGAUCAAUUCCCACUUGCUUUCACUUUA